GCGCGCUCCGCCAGUCCGCGCCCGGUCGUCGGAGUGACAAUACGUGUGCGUCCCUCGCGAGUGCCGCCGCGCGCCGUGCAUGUGCUCUAGUGACCCUUAGUGCCCUGAAGUGGAGACUCGCAGUGCGACCGCUGGGCCGAUCGGCCCUGGCGGCAUGGAAUCCCCUCAGAUGUACGACGCUACCGCGGCUCCGCCACCGCCGCCGCAGCCGGACCUGAAGAAGGCCGGAGAUGAUAAAAGAACCCCGUUCCCACCGCCGGACUUGGACGAGCUCAAUGGACAGGAAAUCAGUUUGGAUUUACAGCACCUCAUCGAGGACCAGUUCCGAGGCGAGGAGACGAUGGCGUUGUUCCAGGAAAUAUUGCCGGGCGGGCGGUCUCCGCAACAGAGGCCGUUUGCGAGAACUACCCUCGCGUACAUGCCACAGCCGGUGCAUUCAGGGGCGUCCUAUGUCGCGCCUGUCCCGGCGAAUUCUCACGAACAAGCUCCACCUAUCAAAGAAGAGCCUCCCGAGCCUCAUGAUUUUCGUCGAGCGGUGACAUGUGCUCAAUAUACAGGUCAAUAUAACCCGCACCCCCCAGUAGGUGUUAGCGGUCCUUACGGGGGCGGUUUUACUCCAUUGCCUCCUCUGGGGGCUCCUCUGUUACCUCCACUUCUUAAACACAAACAGCCGCCAUCGAGGCGAUCCUCUGGAAAGGCAAUAGAUAAAGGCACAGACGAAUAUAGAAGGAGGCGGGAACGCAAUAAUAUAGCCGUUCGAAAAUCCCGCGAAAAGGCCAAAGUGCGUUCCAGGGAAGUGGAGGAAAAAGUGAAGUCUUUGAUAAGAGAGAAAGAGGCUUUGCUGAAGAGGCUCGAAGCUGUGACUGGGGAGUUGAGUUUACAUAAGCAGAUGUAUGUUCAUCUUAUUAAUCUGAAUCAUCCGGAGAUCACGGAGCUGUGCCGGUCAAUGUUGCAACUGGGAGCUCCUCAUGGGCCGGAUCAUUCGCUUUGACCGUAGGUCUGAAUGGCGUUGAAUUAUAAAUAAAAGGACUCCGUGUGAUAUCAUGCAUUAGACUUUAAAUAAGUGACGCCUCUUCUAAAAAUAAGCUUAGGUAGCAAAAUUAUAACUUUGUGAUUUAUACAGUUUACUUACUUUUAUAUACAUAUACACGGAUAGUUAUAUCUAUAGUUAUAUACGGAUGAAACGAAAAUGGGCUACAAAGAUGUGAUCUCAAAAACAGUAGCCGUUUUUCGAAAAUCUAUUUAACUGUAAGAUGCCAAUAAUGAAAAGUCAAUCAAAUCAAAUGAAAAAUCAAGCAAGUCUUUCGAUGUAGAUAUUAUAAAAAUAAAGUGUCUAAAAAUGUUAGAAUGUGUGAAAUAUUUUUUUCUCUAUUCGUUUAUCAAUUUUUCUACUUAAAUGAUAUACCUAUUUCAAUAUACUUAAAUAUAUGUAUUUUGAAAUAUUUUUUAUACUUUUAAAAUUGUAUAUUACUUAGGCCAUAGUAAGAACCAGCACUGCCAUGAGAAGUCUCGAAAAUAUAUUUAUAUUCCUUUAAUUAAUGUUCACAAUCAUUUAUUCAUAAUAUUCAUUUCCAAUGUAUAAUCAUUUUGUCUAUUUUAAAUGAUAUUAACCAUCAUAAGUGUCGCUAGAGUCGCUCAAAAUCUAUGAAAUAAGGCUGAGUGUUUAAUUUAUAUGAAGUAUUUUACUGAAAACUGAAAAAAAAUCUACUUAAACCUAAACUUAUUACCUUCAUUACAAAGUUUUUUCACUUUACCUAGUUACAUAUUUUAUUGUAAAAUAUAGAAUUAAUUAGUUUAAACGUAUAUUGUAAUUAUUUUGUAAAUUGGUUGUAUAUAUUUUUUUAAACAAUAAAUAAUAAUUGUAAUGCGCGUAAAAAAAUAUUUUGUGUUUUUUUUUUAUUUUAACUAAUAAUGUCGAAGGCUGUAUAGACUAACGGGCGGUAUAUUAUGUAAGUUUAAUACUGUGAACUGACAGUAAAUGUUAAAUAUCAUGUGAUAUCUGACUUCGACAUUUUUAAUAUGAUUUUCGUUUGAUUUUUCAGUUUUGCAACUCUAGAACGUAGUCUGAAUUAAGAUACUAUGUGGUUCUAUGUCUAAAGUUAUUGUGAAAAGGAGUGUACAUAAAAAAAAUAAGGCUUAAGUCUACGCUGAUAAGGUAUCAGAUGGGAUAUUAUGAAAUAAUAAUUAUUUUUUGUUGAAUUCUAAAAUGUUUAUUCCUAAAAAAGUACCUUUAAUUUUCGAUGUUAAUUUAGGUCUAAGUUAAUAAAACACAGUCUUUAUGGGCACUGCCGGUUGGGAAGUACAAGGAGUUUAUUUAUGAUAAAAAAAAUGUUUUUUUUUCUAAAUAUUGUGAAUGGCACCGCGCACGGGUUUAAGGCUGCUAGAAUGGUUUAUUUUUAUAACAUACUAAUAGAAAAUGAACUAGAUUGCUGACGAAAUAUAUUUUAUUUUUCUAUGAUAUAUAUAGUGUCAUGUUAAAUAUAUUAGAGUUAGCAGUCAUAGGAAAACGGGUCUCGAAACAUAUAGUUACCAUACGGAUCCUGCAUUACAAGAUGACUAAGUAAUAGACGUUUACAUACCAAUGACAAUAACUUAAGUAGAUUAAUGUAACUUAGAAAUUGAAUUUAAAAUAGAAUAAAUGUUUAACUAUCAAUAUUAUACUUUUUUUUUUAUUUAAUUAACGUGAUAUUUUAAUAACACUGAAAUAGUUAUACAUAUAGGACUAAACUCACUUGAAUUUGUCUGAACAAUUGACUAGUUUUGAAUCUAUCUAUUUUAAAUCAUGCAACGUGGCGUAAACUAUUCAUUUAUUUAUCUGUUUCAGUAUUAUGCGAUUAAAUAAUUAGAAAUAUGUAUAUUAAUUGAUAGAAACAGAAAUGUGUUGAGGUGCCAAUUGAAAGUAAGUAAUGUAUAUUAUAAACGAGAAAGAUAUAUUUUUGUAAAAGAUGUCACUUACGUGGUUUUACAUUUGAAGACAAUACGUAAAUAUCGAAAUUGCCAAGACGAGUUAUUUCAUUGGUUUGUAAAUGUUAAUAUAAUAAUAUAGAUAUAAUAUGUAAUCACUGAUACUCCGUCCCGUUAUAAUAAUUUCUAUAGUUAAGAAAAAUUGUACAAGAAAAAAUAUAUUUUCUUCUACAAAAUAUACGAUACAAAAUUAAGUGUAAAAAAAAUAUUGUGUUUUUAAAUAUUAAAUAAUUGUAUAUUUGGAAUAAAUUUAAGUCAGACAAAAAUAGAUGCUACGGUGGUCGCAGACAUUAGACAUGACGGAAUACAUUUAGAUUUUAGAUAAUAAUAAUUUAAAUACUAUAGUCUUGCAAGUUCGUUGAUGACACUCCCAUGCAGGCGACGAGGGGAAAGACUGGGCGGGUGUGAAAUCGUGCGUAUGGGGAAGUGACCCCCGGUCCACUUCCGCAUCGGGAGUGUUACGAACGAAUUUGCCGAGCUAUAAAUACGUAACUGAAAGCUACCACUACACCAGACGGUGAAAUACCAUAAUGUCAACCAUAGUUGUUUAUAUGCAGUAUAUUUUAAUAUUAUUUAGCCACUUAUGCGACAAUAAUACUCUCAUACAGUAAAAAAAAAUCGGUUGUCUGUAAAGUCGGUUUACUGACGAUAGUUGAACGUGACAACGUUUUAAGAAAAUACUGAUGGAUGGUUGCAUUUUUCAAAAGAAAAUGUACUUUUUUCUAAAAUACUGUUUAAUAAUCUUCAUAGACCAGAAUAUACUUUAUUGCUUGUAAAAAAAGUUAGCAACCCUAGAGCGAGGGAACGACGCAUAACGUCAUCUUUUUCGAGUGUGCAGCGGGCUUCAUCAAAUUAUAAGACGUUGUCACGUCAAAAAAGUGUGUGUCAGCUCCGACGCACGAAUGGAGUUUACUCUUUCAGAUCGAUUGUCUAAAUAGGUGUAUGUUGCCCCGCAGUAUACACUAUGUACGUCUCAAUACUACGCCUGAAAAGCGAAAGGUGCGCAACUGAGGAGCACUCUAGCAGCGCACGGUGAAAGGUGCGCAGAAUAGGUUGCGCACAAAAAACGUAAAGCUGUCAUUCGUUCAUCGAAUUUUACUGCCCAUAUUUUUUUCAUACCGGGGGCUUUAUGUGAAAAAUCGAUUCUUAAGGAGUAAACUUCAAUACUUUUUGAAAUGGAUUAAUACAUAGUACCUACUCGUACGUUGUCUCGUCUUAAGUCUACGCUACCCAUGUGGUUAGAAGGCCAAUCGAAACCUAGUUUCAAAAUCCUUACACGAUUUUCUUUUUUAUUUAAUUUUUAAUAUUGUUAUAAUUUUUAUAAAAAAAAAGUCUAUCCUAUUUUUCCGAAUGGUGCUACUUAAUCUUUCUUUAUUGUUUCUUUCCAGAGCCAAAGACUUUGUUAAUGUUUCCCAUUUCUCUUUAUGUUUUACGUUACUUAUGUAUAUUUUUGCUUUGACCCUUUCGAGAAAAUUUUUUGCCUUUAUUUUUUUUCGGCAAUUAGUGUUGUAAUAGCAGCAAUGCGUUGCGAAUGCGUAACUUCAAUGUUGUAGGUGCAAGUAAUAUAAAUAAAUACUUAUUUAAUAUAAA